CAAGGCGAUGAGGUAAUCGCGCCGCCGAGAGGCAAGCGCAGCCGGUGCCCAGCCCGGUCGGUCCCGCGCCCCUGCCCCGCCGGCAGCCGUCCCCCGCACGGUCCCGGCCCUGGCCGCCCGGCCCCACCAUGACCGAGCGGUGCAGCCUGUGGAGCGCCCUGUCGGCCGCCGCCUGCUGCUUCUACCGCGGCUCCUUCGUGCAGGUGCAGUUCUCCAAGGAGAAGUACAUCCUGGACUCAUCGCCUGAGAAAUUGCACAAGGAGCUGGAGGAAGAGCUCAAACUCAGCAGCACAGAUCUCCGCAGCCACGCCUGGUACCAUGGCCGCAUCCCCCGUGAGGUCUCCGAGACCCUGGUGCAGCGCAAUGGUGACUUCCUCAUCCGGGACUCGCUCACCAGCCUGGGCGACUAUGUGCUCACCUGCCGCUGGCGCAACCAGGCCUUGCACUUCAAGAUCAACAAGGUGGUGGUGAAGGCGGGUGAGAGCUACACCCACAUCCAGUACCUGUUCGAGCAGGAGAGCUUCGACCACGUGCCGGCCCUUGUGCGGUAUCACGUGGGCAGCCGCAAGGCUGUGUCGGAGCAGAGUGGCGCCAUCAUCUACUGCCCUGUCAACCGCACCUUCCCGCUGCGCUACCUGGAGGCCUGCUACGGCCUGGGCCAGGGCGGUGGCAAGGCUGCCAGCCCCGCCAGCCCCUCAGGCCCCAAGGGCAGCCACAUGAAGCGGCGCAGCGUCACCAUGACCGAUGGGCUCACCGCCGACAAGGUCACCCGCAGUGAUGGCUGCCCCACCAGCAUAUCACUGCCCCACCCCCGGGAAUCCAUCCGCAACUGUGCACUCAGCAUGGACCAGAUCCCAGACCUGCACUCUCCUGCGUCCCCCAUCUCCGAGAGCCCCAGCUCCCCCGCCUAUAGUACCGUGACCCGUGUCCACGCCUCCCCUGCCGCCCCCUCAGCCACAGCGCUGCCUGCCUCCCCUGUCACCCGCCGCUCCAGUGAACCCCAGCUGUGUCCUGGAAGUGCCAGGGAGUCGGACAAGGGCCCUUACUCCAGCCCCUCCCACACCCGCUGCGAGGCCUCCCCAUCACCAUCGCUCAGCAGCUACAGCGACCCGGACUCUGGCCAUUACUGCCAGCUCCAGCCUCCUGUCCGUGGCAGCCGAGAGUGGGCAGCAGCUGAGGCCUCCAGCCGCCAGGCCAGGAGCUAUGGGGAGAGGCUUAAGGAACUGUCAGAAAAUGGGGCCCCCGAAGGGGACUGGGGUAGGACCUUCACAGUCCCCAUCGUGGAAGCCACCUCUUCCUUCAACCUGGCUACCUUCCAGUCACUACUGAUCCCCAGAGAUAACCGGCCACUGGAGAUGGGCCUCCUGCGUAAGGUCAAGGAGCUGCUGGCAGAGGUCGAUGCCCGGACGCUGGCCCAGCAUGUCACCAAGGUUGACUGCCUGGUUGCUAGGAUACUGGGCGUUACCAAGGAGAUGCAGACCCUAAUGGGAGUCCGCUGGGGCAUGGAGCUGCUCACUCUCCCCCAUGGCCGGCAGCUACGACUAGACCUGCUGGAAAGGUUCCACACCAUGUCCAUCAUGCUGGCCGUGGACAUCCUGGGCUGCACGGGCUCCGCUGAGGAGCGGGCAGCUCUUCUGCACAAGACCAUCCAGCUGGCGGCCGAGCUUCAAAGGACCAUGGGCAACAUGUUCAGCUUCGCUGCAGUAAUGGGCGCCCUCGAUAUGGCCCAGAUUGCCCGGCUGGAGCAGACAUGGGUGACUCUGCGGCAGCGACACACGGAGGGAGCCAUCCUCUACGAGAAGAAGCUCAAGCCAUUUCUCAAGAGCCUCAAUGAAGGCAAAGAAGGCCCGCCUCUGAGCAACACCACAUUUCCCCACGUGCUGCCGCUCAUCACUCUGCUGGAGUGUGACUCCGCCCCGGCCGAGGGCCCCGAGCCCUGGGGCAGCACAGAGCACGGUGUGGAGGUGGUGCUGGCUCACCUGGAGGCCGCCCGCACCGUGGCACACCACGGCGGCCUGUACCACACCAAUGCCGAGGUCAAGCUGCAGGGGUUCCAGGCCCGGCCAGAGCUCCUCGAGGUGUUCAGUACCGAGUUCCAGAUGCGCCUGCUCUGGGGCAGCCAGGGCGCCAGCAGCAGCCAGGCCCGGCGCUACGAGAAGUUCGACAAGGUCCUCACUGCCCUGUCCCACAAACUGGAGCCUGCCGUCCGCUCCAGCGAGCUGUGACCCCCGUGGACCCUUCCCCUCUGCAGCUGCGGGCAGCAACAGGGACAGAAGGGCACAGACCUUUCCCCAGAGCACCCCAGGGACACUGUGAUCAGCCCGAGAACGUUCUGGGUUCAACUCCAGGAUCUCCCUCGCACCUCCAGGGUCCUGCGUGGACUCUGGGCUCCAUCCCGCCUGCUACUCACUCGCCAAGUUUUCCUUCAGGAAGAACUGGAACCCCUGUUUCUCCCUCCAGCUUCUGCUUGUCCCCCUCCUGCUGAGGUGCCCUGUUUUUGAGCCGCGGGAGGCUUCUCACACCUCCUCACUCUUCUCCAGGCGCCUGCCCCCACCCCCUCACUGACACCAAGACCUCCCUCUGGCUGUAAAUACAUCUGUCUGUUCUGUAAAUAGUUGUACAGAAGCCGUGUUCUUUCUUUCAUAUAAUAAACUUUUAUGACUCUU